GCUGCACAUUGACUUCUGUUGUACUCGGAAGAACGGACAGGUUCCUCCUUCAAAGAGGGUGGGGGUGGGGAAAAGUCAUUUAUAUUCCUCAGGAGAGAGAUAGGAAAAAACUUCUAGUAUAUACCUAGACAUAUUUAUUUUAAAGAGAACGAUGCAUUGGAAGACUUUGCUGCUGCUGCUGUUCUAUUACAGUGUUCAUGCCACUGUGACCUACAAAUGGAGCAGAGCUAUGCUUUUCCCAGCUGCUCAACGACUGAAGAGGUCCUCAGCCUCCUUUCUUAACCCAGUGCUACAAAACUCGAUGGAAGACGUGGUCCUGCUUUAUGAGUUUCUUUUAGCUGAGCUUGACAUUGGCAAAAGUCAGAGAAUCUCCAUCAAAGAUGAGGAGCUGGCUUCACUGAGGAAGGCUGCUGAGUUUGACACCAUCUGCAAUGAGGUUAUUCCCAAGAGCAUCACAGAGAUUCGCAGGCUGAGUAGCAGGCUGUCCACCUACCCGAGGGUCCUCAAGAAAGAAGACUUUGAAAGGACAGUGCUAACCAUGGUCUACACAGCCUACAGAGCUGCUCAAUCCCAGGGGCACCAGAAGGACACUUGGGCUGAAUCUUUUGUCAAUCUUUACAAGGCCUUGAAGCACGACUUGAUGUUCUCAUAGAAUAAAGAGUCAUCAUAGUGGAAGACUUAAUACACCAGCAACUCAGCCAUCAAUUUUGGUUGAUAAGAGAAACAUGUAAUACAUCUGCCACUUUAUUCUUUAAAAAGUUUUAAUAGCCUGCUUAGCGAAAGAUUGUUUUCUAGCUCCCCCUCGUGGAAUUCACUUUAUAGAUACUUGUUAAACGGGGAAACCGUUAUCUUCGGUCCCUGAAAAUUAUUUUUGUGCUGACCAGGAGCCGACGGAGGGAAGAAGGGAGACUCGUGUAUGCACCAUAUAGAUACGCCCUUAUUUCAUCCUGUGCAAUUCUUGUUAUACACAUGCAUAAGUGUAUGAUGCUGAUACUCACAUACCAAUAUGCAUAUGCUGGAGAAUGCAGCUUUCCUCGCUGGAAAAAAAAAAAACAUGUCCAGUGGUGUCCAGGACUGUUACAAAGAGAGGAAAAGGUCCUCUGCAAAAAUAGAGGAGUCAUAACUGUCAGCAGUCAGAAAUCAUA